AUGGCGGCGGGCGAGGCGGAGCCGGAGCUGCCCCCGCCCCCCUCGCCCGGCGGGCCCGCCACCGAGCGCGCCCUGGAGGAGGCGGCGGCCUCGGGCAGCCUGAGCCUGGCGGGGCGGCGGCUGCGGCUCUUCCCGGGCGGCGCGGCGCGGCGCUGGGACCUGAGCGACACCACCCAGGCCGCGGUUCCCCUCGUCCCCCCCGCAUACCCUGCCUCCUCCCCUCACGGCCAGGAUUGGAGGCCCUAUCCCAGCGUGGGGGGCACUUCCCGCCCCCUCGGGUGCCCGGAGCAGCCCCCUCACCUGGCUCUGUCUCCCCUCAGUGGCCCAUCAGAGAGCAGCAGCCUGCCCCCGAGGAAGCCGAGGACCCAGCCGCCCGGCGUCUCCAGCCCGGCGUCCCCUGGGCAGAUGCCCCAGCAGCAGGAGUCCCUCCCCCCGCCGGUCUCCAGCCCCCCGGCCCGGGAGCCCAGCUCGGCCCAGAAGCCCAGCAGCUUCCUCUUCCGCUCCUCGUCGCGGACCGCCAUCAAGCCCGGCUCCGCCUGUGCCCCCCACGACUGCACCGCGGACCACCAGCACCCCCUGCGGCUACGGGCCAGCUCGCACGACCUGGAUGAGAAGGAGUUAACAGCCCAGCUCCGCAAGGCCAUCGAGUCGCGGCUCAGCGUGACACUGACGGAGGACCUGGGUGACGCCCUGGCCAAUGGGGCCGUGCUGUGCCAGCUGGCCAACCACCUGCGCCCGCGCUCUGUGCCCUUCAUCCACGUCCCGUCUCCCGCCGUGCCAAAGCUGAACAAGAUCAAAUGUCGGAAAAACGUGGAGAGCUUCCUGGAGGCCUGUCGCCACAUGGGGGUCCCAGAGGUCGCCCUCUGCUCCGCCUCCGACGUGCUCCAGGGGGACGCCGGGCGGCUCCGGGGCACCCUGCGGGCCCUGCUGCGCCCCGGAGCCGCCGAGGAGAGCCCUGCCGCUGCCCACGCCGCGCCCGCCCUACCCGGGCCCCUCGCCGGCUUCGCCCUCUUCUAUGUCUCCGUGAUGUCGCUGCUUUUCCUGGCCUAUCACAAGCUCUGGGGCUUCUGAGGAGCCGCGGGGGGGCCCCAGCCCUGCCUAGUGCCUUAGAGAGACCCACGGCGGGGUGUGGGGCUGGGUAUCCCUCUGGGGCCUGGUGGAUCCCCGCUGCCGGCCCCCGACCGCCUUCAAACCCGCCUCCUCCUACAGAGACCUGCUGUGGGUCCCAGAGCCCUGGUGUGGGCCCCGCUCCAGGCUCCCCCUUGGGGGGCGAGCUAGCCCCCUUCCCCAGCUCUCCAGUGCCUCUCAGUGGCCACGGGCUGCCCUGCGGCCAGCUCGCUUCAGCUGCCUUAACGCGGUUAAAUUAUACGGCUCUAUAUUUGAUAUAUAUAUUGGAAGGCCGAGCCCGGCCGCCGGGCCCGGCAUGUACAAACGUGUAAAUAGCGUGUGGACUCGGGCGGCUCCUUCUCUCUCGGCGAUUUCCUGUUGUACGUGUGCCCCGUCCCCUGGCCGCUUUCGGUGUGUCCCGGCCGCCGCGUGUGUGUCAUGCCCCCCGCGCUGUCGCGUUCGCUGAGAAAAGCAGCGCUCCAACCCA